UAGAUAAAUAAACCAAAGCCUUCCUCUUCUUCGUCCUCAUCCUCCUCCAACCAUGAGUUCUUAUCACUUACUAUUUUCUCUCAUUCUCGCAAUUUUUGUCGUUAAUUCCUCUGCAAAUCAAGGCACUGCCACAUAUUAUGCCCCUCCAUAUACCCCUUCUGCAUGCUACGGAAAUCAGAAUGAAGGGGUGAUGAUUGCGGGAGCGAGCGAUGUGUUUUGGGACGACCGAGGCGCGUGCGGGAGUUCUUACAAGGUGCGGUGCAUUGGCGCGGCCAACGAUGUGCCCAAUCCAUGCAGUGGCGCAGAAGUGGUGGUGAAGAUUGUGGAUUAUUGUCCUCCGCCCUUCUGCAAUGGCACCAUCAAUCUGUCCCAAGAC